AGUCAUUCACAAAAAAAGCUGGGUUGUCUUGUCCUUCCUUUGUUCCAGACCUGCCCCCCCCCCCCCCCUCGCAUCAUGACACAGGAAUUUCUGAGGGGCAAAACGUGUAAUAGGCUCCUUUUUCCAUUUCAUUUGAUCAAUAACAUAAAAGACACGGCCCACUUAAUGUCCUCUUGAAAAUCUAUUCGUUGAAUGAUUGGCGGUUGUUAUCCAUCAAAAGGUCACCAUUGUUCCCGAAGACAGACAAAUAUUCCAAAGUCAUAUUUGGCACUUUUAAUGCCCAAAUGUUUUCUGACGACGCUGAUUACAUAUUUGGAUGUAUCGGAUUUAAUUUGCCUUUCCAAUGCAAACUUCUGCCUCAUCAUGUCGUUGCAAUGCACCGGAGGGAUCCGGCAGCCAUUUUGCAUUCACACAAUGGCAGACGGCGAAUUAAAUGGCGCUAUUGCCGCAAUGUGAAGGAAUAUGUAAGAAUUUGCGAAAGCGUCGGAACGAUCGCGUGUCUUUACCGUUAUUACGAUCGUGUAAAGACGAGAGCGUUUAAUGAGUCGUCGUGAUCAUCGAUGCACUUUUAAUCCGCAGCGUUUGAAGGGCAACACGAUUUCUACGAAGCUGUUUCUGCCUUUAUAAAAAGAAGCAUAUUUCAAUUGGGCCACCACCACAAGUCGACUUACUACGGAUGCCUAAAAUUGGAACUUUUUGCCAAUAGGACUUGAAGCGCGCCUGCUUCAGCACGGGAGACUUUGACCCAUAUGAAACCAAGACGGCAUGAAGACAUUUUCUUUACCGUUACUCAUACAAAUUCUGUGAAAAUGAUCCAGUAGCUGUUCACCUACAUCUGAAACUGACUUUUGAUCAAUGUACACGUAAAGGCGGUUUUGCGAUCCGUUCUACGGACCGCUGCGGGAAGCACAAGGCUGCCAGGCGUUUGCCUCGGAGCAGACGGGUUGCGACUUGCAGAGCGCAUCGUGGAGGCGCGUGACUAAGCCUCUGAAAUAUUGCUCCUCUCCGGGUGUGUACGAGUCCAACUGACUGCAACGUACAAGCGUAUUGCAAUUAUGAUCAUCGUUCAUCAAGUUUGACACUUUGACAUUUUGGCACACGAGAGCGGAUGGAGCGGGUGUCCCUUUUGCUCUCCUGCAUACGAUAUUACACUCGUCACUGCAAAAAAAAAAGUGAAAAUCAAUAAUGCAUGAGCCCGACCGAAACACCAGGCUGUGGGCAAAGGGAGACUUCCUGUUCACCGCCGGCGCUUCUUUUCAAGGUCAGAGCCGGCCGGAGGCUAAUUGAUGUCCUCGGCAUCCCUUUUGCCGCAGGGGAAAAACGCACCUCGCUAAUGCCGUCUGCAACAUAAUCAUUCGGUGGGAGUCACAUUCAUGUAGAUUUAUUACAUGGCUGACGUGAAGACGGCAGCUCAGGUGGCCGAUUCGGACGCAAAUUGAUCAUUUAAAUUGCAUCCCGACAAAAUCGACUUUCUUUAAACGCUAAUAGUAAAUUUUGAUUUUGACUUUUUAACGCACAACCUCUCUUAGCUUCUUUUAGCUUUGUCAUAGGCAUCCAUCGAGCUUUAUAAGGCAAUAAGCUGGAUUAUUAGUUGUUCAAAUUGGACCACCGCGCCACACUAAGAGGAAUAAUAAUCAUCGUCGUCCGUGUUGGGAAAGUUCGUUUUCUCGGCAAACUAGUUCAAAGUUCAGUCCACCGUUCCAAAAAUGAACUGAUUUAGUUCAUCGUUCAUAAUUCAAAAUGUUGAAGUAAGUUCACCAUUCCAAAAAUGAACUUGUUUCCCCCCCCCCAAUUCCUUGCAGCCCUCGCUGACUAGAUGAAUAAAAUAUUGAAUGCUUGUAUUUAAUUUUACGCCGGAGAAUGACUCAGUCUAGAAAUAGUUUUAAAAUGGUGCGAUGAAUGAAUGACCGGGAGGCCUCCGGGUAUGGCUGAAUUUAUGUCAAAUAAAUGAAAUAACCGUUUUUUGUUUUUUUGGGGGGAUGCCGCUGUAACCGAUUUGUGAACGCAGCAACAACUGGUGAACAAUUAACAACGAAAUCAAUAGAUGGGUGGAAAGAAUAAAUACAGUAGAUGAUUAUCGGGGUUCGACAUUUACAACCCGCCAACCCGCUAAAUAUGGGUCAAUUUCAGCAAUAGCCACUUAAGGCGGGUUGGUUGUAUUACGAUUGGGGGGGUCUUGAAAUGCUCCUCCGGAUGAAUGGAAACAAAUUUACAGGCCUAAAAUAUCUCAAAAUUGAAAUGUGCUUUCAAUUUUGAAAGCUGCCGGCGUUUUACUCUGACCAUCGCUGACUCGUCAAAAACCGACCCAGGUUGGAAAAGACUGCUUUAGGCACAAGAAGUGUUUUGAAAGGCAGAGCGAGCUCUUACAAUUGAGCCUCUCUCCACCACAACAGUGACUGCGCAUUAAAACCAUCAACACACAUUGACGGUAUUGUUUCAGUGUCUAGUGGAGACUCACAACUUUGCUCAGUUUUACAAAAAUAUGCCGCAAACACGACAAGUUUUAUGUAGAACACAUCCGUUGUCAGGGGCUCAAAAGUAUUUGAAUAAUUGACAUCAUUCUAAAUAAACCAUUUACAUGCUGAAUUUUUCAUGCGUUUUCAUGCACGGGUCUCCCCGGAGACGCUUUUGCCAGGCCUUCGCUGCGGUCACCUUCACUUACCGCUUUAGUAAAUGAACACAUGUUCAAGCGCUGCUGGCUUGAGAUCAGGUGACCUAAGGUGGCAAAAGCGCUUGUACCCAAGUAAAAGUACAGAUUACUUGUGUGAACAAACAAAAAAUCAAGUCAUUCACUUCAGUCCAAGUGGAAAAUUUACAGUCGCCAGCCGAAUGGAUAUUAAAAAAAAAAAAAAAAAAAAAAAAAAAAAAAAUUAUUCUUGCAGCCGACAGCGUCAAACAGAUCUCUGGAAAAAAAAAAAAAUGGACAUUGACAUUGCUCAAUUAUUGACAUCUUGUGACGUUGACGACGUGUCGUCGCCAAGUAGCAAACCUGUUUUAACAACGCAAAGUAGAAUGUCGAGACAUCUGUUUUCAAAUGUCAAAAGAAAUGCUCUCGCCGUACAGAUACUUCAGUAGAGUAACGAAGCGGUUGUACUUCAUUACUCCAAUUACACUGUUACGCACCAUCCUAUCAGUUGCGUAACAUUCAAGGGAAUGUAAACACAGAGCCCAACAUGCCUCGGAAUGAAUCUUGUUGCUUCUGUCCGCGGGCACGGCGCCGAGAAACACCAGUGAGACUGUUGAGUUGCCGCAGCAGUUACACUGUACGUGCCCACGCCGCACUGCCAACACUACCGUCGUCAUGUUGGGAACAUGACGUUGCAUGAGAGAUUGCGUUCCUUCUUCAUAACAUCAUCUGCUGUUGUCCGACUUCCCAUCUUCUCGUCUACAUUGGCAAACAAACGAAACGGUUUUUAGCAGCGAGGCAUUAACUUGUUCAAAAUACACCAUCCGUGCAUCCGUUUUUCCAUCCCGCUUAUCUUCGCCAGGGUCGCUCGCCAUGCUGGCGCCUAUCCCAGCUAUCUGGGUUAGGCGCCGUGCCCGUGUUCAACCUAUCAACCUAGCAUGCAUGUUUUUGGGAUGUUGACGAUCGGAUUCUGUAUUCUGGUUUUCGUCAACGGAAUCGGGGCUGUCCGUGAAAAAGGCUGGGAACGCCGCCAUUUUUGCGAGUGCCGAAAGAGCGUCACGAUGGGAAACGCGUCGACAACGGGGUAUCUCGAUGAGAAAAUAUUCAUCGGCAGGUGGGGCGGGGGUGCCGUCGCUAUCUUCGGUCGCACUACGAUUCAAUGUCCGCCGCGAUGCUUUAUGCCCUCUUAAUUGUGAUGCCCUCGGCCACUGCCAUGCACUUCUGUUCGUUGCUAUUUUUGGGGGGCAGGCUUCAAAAUUCCCCCAUCCAAGUCCCAUUUCUUUCCAACACAUUUGUCAUCUCAGUCGCUGUCAGGUGCGCCAGGGUUUCACAACUGUCCCAUCUGUCACCUCUUUGGAAUCUGUUGCCUCCCCCUCUCAUUGUUUACCACAACCACCUUUGCAAGAAUGAACUUGUCUUGGACAUUUCUGAGGAAACAAGCGCUGCGAACGUUAUUAUCUGUAAAACGAACAUAAAUGGCGCCUUUGACUCACUUGUCUGACUUCAAUACCCACAUGGUGAAACCAGGAGUCAUGCAGGUGAAAGAUUACCCCUUGUACUGUUACUGUGAUGACUAAACAUGACGGUUACGAAGAUUUCCUGCCAAUGUUCUUGCUUUGUCUUCCAAAUGGAAUAUCAACAGACCGCAUAUGCUUCCACCAGCACCACCGCGACAGCAAAGAGCUCCAGUCAUGUGACGCGCUGUAGUGACAGCCAGAAGAACUACUGUGUUAAUGGAGGCGAGUGCUUUACCCUGGAAAUCAUGCCUGGCAGUACAAAAUUUUUGUGCAGGUGUCCAAAUGAGUUUACUGGUGAUCGCUGCCAAAACUAUGUAAUGGCCAGCUUUUACAAGCAUCUUGGAAUUGAAUUUAUGGAAGCCGAGGAGCUGUAUCAGAAACGUAUCUUAACAAUAACAGGAAUCUGCAUUGCACUCCUUGUCGUUGGAAUCAUGUGUGUGGUCGCCUACUGCAAAACAAAGAAGCAGAGGAAGAAGCUCCAUGACCGUCUCAGGCAGAACCUGAGGGCAAAGAGGACCAAGCUGGCAAAAUCGGCCAGCCGACGUCAGGUUUCCAAUUUGCCCCUACGGGAUUUGCAGCAGACCGACCAGUGUAAUGGGACAGCAAUCCAACAGGCAGCUGAGAAAGAGACAGAAACAACAUUCUCCGCAAGCCAAUAUGUCUUAUCAACACAACAACCUACCACACUCACCAACAUCUCCAGUCAAAGCACGUCUCUAAAGAUGGAGGUGGAUCUCAGUGGAGUGUCGAGGGCCCAUGUUUCCAUUCUACCUGCAGCUGAGAUGAAAGCUACGUUGAAAGCGGAGCCAGAAAGGCCUCGUUGCGCCAGCACGCCAUGCUCCCCCAUCAGAGGUACUGUCGCAGGAUACCAGAUUCUCCACAUGGACUCAAACUAUCUGGUGGGCUUCACAACUGGUGAAGAGCUGCUCAAGUUGGCCCACAAAUGGUCUGAAAACUCCCCAGAGAAGAGUUUGCUAUCAGAGGUUGUGCCUAGCCCCAUCCAGACCGGAGUCUCGAAAUCUUUAGACGUGGCCAUCCACCGGUCUUCAAGAAUCUAUAAAACCAAAAAUCGCUACUAUCAGCCUUACGACAUUCCUGCUGCUAAUGGUCGGAGAAGGCGGCGCAUGCCCAGCUCGAGUGACACCUUUCUCAGGUCCGUGAUUACAGGGGAACAUGGGCGGGGUGUGCAUGCACCACUACUACCUCUGUGUCGGCUUAAAGGGAAGAGGACCCAGUCCAAAUCUUUGGACUACCUUAAUCUUGACAAAAUCACGAUCAAAGAAUCACCAGACACUGAGGUGUUACAGUACCAACUACAGCACCUCACCCUGCGGGGAGAGCGCAUGUUCACUCGAAACAAAACUUAAAAGCACAGAAGACGACGACAUUAAGUCGUCCUUCACACUGGGGGGGGGGAUAUGGGUGCUAUUUCCAUCUUGGUUUCUGCGCACCCAGAUUAGACGCAGUUCGCCAACAAGACGGCCUGAUAAUCGCGCCGUUCUUAACUGGGAUUAAACCCUGCACUGAACACACAACAUUGACGACGACCCUGUUAGUACUCCCACUGUAUUGAGAUUGUGGAGGUCAAAAUGUGAAUGAUUUCUUAGCAAUAACUGGUUUAUUUACUGUAUUUAUUACAACUGAUACAUGCACCUAUCACAUUGUAUCAUCUUAAAAUUACAAUCAUGCCAGUUUUACUGCCUCAUGUAAUCUCUAAAAAGACGUCGCUUCUUUUAAUAUGACCCUAAAUACAACGGUCAAAUUAACAUGAUCGUUCACGUGUAUUGUAUUUGUUAGAUACGUUGUGUUUCUGUAAUCAUUUAAGAUUUGUUAUUAAAUCACUUCCCGGAAGAUGUAGAUUUACAGAUUGCGAUACCCAACACCGAAUCUGUUUACGAUGAGGCAAUUAGUACGAAUAGCUAAUAAUUCCGUUGAUUGACAUUUCACAGUUUUGAAGGGUGUGUCGCCACCUUCAAUGGGUGGUUAAGAGCAAACGCCAAUAUGAAUGUUAACUGUUAAAUAUUCACGGGCAACUGCAAAUCAAUUCAACGUUCCUACAUUGAGCAGCCUCAACAUUUUGGACCACUUGCGCAAGCUACGGGUUUACAAGAGGUGCGGCAACAAUUUGCCUUGACAAAGAUAAUGCAAAGUCAACUCCACGUGAGUUCAUUUGGAAGACUUUUUUUCAUCGCUUUGCAUGGGGAUGUCAUUCGAUUAUGCAUCGGUCACAACGUUGGGGAUGUUCUUGCGUCUGCUGACGAGUGGUCAAAAAUAAGAGAAUGCAGGUAUUUUUUUUUUUUUUUGUAAUUAAAUGUUCUAUCUAACGCUGUUCCUUGCGGUUUAAAGAUUCAAUUUAUCAACUGAACUCAAGACUGCUGAAUCUUUGCUUGAGCCUCAGAAUAAAUCUUUGCACUGAGCAAAUCUCGUGAUACCACACCUUCAUCCCAGGCAGACAUGACAGUGAAAAGACAUAGAACUAAUGCAAGCGGACUAGACUAGACCAAUUUACAUGCGGGAGAAUAUCAAAAACACACAUCACUUCAAACUGUAUAUCUGCUGAGUACUUAGUGCUUUGCUUGCAAAUAUGGUUGGGAAACAUUGUUUUAAUGUGCAUUAUUUGCAUUAUUUGUCACUGGCGCAGAGCAGUAAAUGAUGGAUGUUUUUAGGAGUGUUUGUUUGUUUUAAAACUUUCAGAACCAUGAUAACACACUUUGCUGCUUCGUUUUAAAAUUAGCAAGCCAGGGGGGGGGGGGGGGGACCUACAGUUCUGGAGAAAUGUGUGUCCACCUUUUGAGGGGGGCUUUAUUUGGGGGGCUUUGAAAUGAAACGGUCAAUGAUUUUGUCAUUUAACAGGUCCUCUCCAGUGUAGGGGGAUGUGAUCUGCAAUAUAAGUCAUAAAAUAUGACUUCAUGGACGUCAUGUUGAUUACUAUUAAGAAAUUAAAACGCAUUCAAAAGGUGUACAAAGCAAUGCUGCGACUGUAUAUAAACUCACCUCCCUCUGUUUCCACUCUCCAAUCACACAUGUACUGCCCACUUGAUGUUAACCAAUGACUGUUACACUACUGAUUAAAGCUUAUUGCAAUCGAAACGAC